UCCCCCCCCCCCCCUUACACUUCCACCUGGUUUCAGUCAAUGGAUCACACUCCUAAUCAAAACCCUAACCCUAAUUUCACUCACUACAGCAGUCAAUUCGUCGAUCCAUUGUCCUCGUCGGACUUCGAGUUCUCCGAGUAUCUCAACGUCGACGGUGUGUUCGAUGACGAUCAUUCUUCCUCGCCGAGUAUGGUGUCAUCGGAUCACAUCGGGGGAAGCUCGACGGGGCAUAGUGUUGCACCAUCAAUAGAUACAACCAUGAGGAGUAAAAAUGGGGUGAAGAAGAACAAGACGGAAGCGACACACAGGGUUGCAUUUAGGACUCAAUCGGAGCUGGAAGUAAUGGAUGAUGGGUAUAAAUGGCGCAAGUACGGAAAGAAGUCUGUCAAGAACAGCCCCAACCCAAGGAAUUACUAUAAAUGUAUAACUGGAGGAUGCUAUGUGAAGAAGAGAGUGGAGAGGGACAGAGAAGACUCAAGUUAUGUGAUAACAACGUAUGAGGGAGUACACAACCAUGAAAGCCCUGGUGUGGUCUACUACAACCAGAUGCCCCCUAAUGCUUGGAACUUUCAACAAUCUCUUCAGUCUUCCACCUCUUAUUCUUGAAAUUUCUUGGCUUUCCAUAUAUAUACAUACAUAUCUACAAGAAUUCUCUUACGCGAACUUAAAAUGCGGAUCACCUUUUGAGGAUAUGGAUAAGUGAAAUGAUAAGUGGGGCUCACUACUUUGUGUCUCAUAUAUUCCAAUUUAAUGGUGAAACAUAUGUUCGCAUUUUAAGUUCGCCGAGAAUUUUGUAUAUAUGUGUAUAUAUAUAUGUCUAUAUCCUGUAACAUACUUAUAAUACUAUAGUUAAUUGAGUAAUAUAUAAGUGUGUAUGUACCAUUUUAACUAAAUGAUUUGUACAUAUGGAAGUUGUGUGGACGUUGGUCUUUAAUUCUCA